ACGAAAUCUGAGUGUUUGAAGUCUUAAGAUCGCAGUGGGCAGCCACCUCUCUGUCUCUUACCCAAGUAACUACUGCUACUGUCAUAUCCCUGGACCAAGAAUGGACAGACUGCUGCUUUGUCUGGCUGUCUUCACCGGCCUUCUUUCAGAAGCCUUUUCUCAGACAGACCUCAAAGGGAAGGUAUUUGUGUUCCCCAGACAAUCUGAAAGUGACCAUGUGAAGUUGAUCCCACAUCUGGAGAAGCCUCUGGAGAAUUUUACCCUGUGCUUUCGAUCCUUUAGUGACCUUUCCCGCCAUCACAGUCUUUUCUCCUACAGUGUCAGGGGCAGAGACAAUGAGUUACUAGUUUAUAAGGAAAGAGAUGGGGAAUACAGCCUACACAUUGGACAUUCGAAAGUCACAACCCGUGGUAAAGAAGAGUUCGCUUCUCCAGUGCACUUCUGCACCAGCUGGGAGUCCUCCUCUGGCAUUGCUGAAUUUUGGGUCAAUGGGAAGCCUUGGGUGAAAAAGGGUCUGAAGAAGGGGUACGCUGUAGAAGACCAACCCAGUAUUGUCCUAGGACAAGAGCAGGAUUCCUAUGGGGGAGGGUUUGAUAAGGACCAGUCCUUUGUAGGAGAGAUUGGGGAUUUGAACAUGUGGGAUUCUGUGCUGACUCCAGAAGACAUUCAAUUUGUAUAUCAAGGCUCCCCUCUUAAUCCUAACAUUCUGGCUUGGGAGGCUCUGAGCUAUGAAGCGAACGGCGAUGUAGUCGUCAGGCCCCGGGUGUGGGAUUAAGAUCUUACGAAAACAAAACCUCAUGAAAAUGAAAUUACCGGUAUCUCUUAAAGAGGUCAUUGCCAACACAACUCAACACUUAAUCUGUCGCCUUUGCUUCCUUGUGAAUGCCCUGCCUACAUAGCUGUCUAAUAAAAAUAUUGUCCAAUUCCA